GAGACGCCUGUGUCCGACAGCUCCCGUGCUUUUCCUUGGAGCCGGAGGAGUCACCGCGUGCCAAGAUGUGCAAGGGCUUAGCUGCGCUGCCCCACACGUGCCUGGAGAGGGCCAAGGAGAUCAAGACCAAGUUAGGGACACUGCUCCAGAAGCCUGACUCGGCCAUUGACCUCAUCAUCCCCUACGCGGAGAAGCCGGAGAAGCCGCCCAAAGCCCACAAGCCGUCRCCGGAGGAGGCUUUGCAGUGGCGCGACUCCCUCGAGAAGCUCCUGCAAAACACCUACGGGCUCGCCAGCUUCAGCAGCUUCCUGCGCUCCGAGUUCAGCGAGGAGAACAUCGAGUUCUGGGUGGCCUGUGARGACUACAAGAGAACUAAGUCUCCUGUGAAGAUGGCGGAGAAAGCCAAGAAGAUCUACGAGGAGUUCAUCCAGACCGAGGCCCCCAAGGAGGUGAACAUCGACCACUUCACCAAAGCCGUGACCAUGAAGAACCUGGUGGAGCCGUCAGCCAGCAGCUUUGACAUGGCCCAGAAGAGGAUCUUUGCCCUCAUGGAAAAGGACUCCCUGCCCAGAUUCGUGCGCUCGGAGAUUUAUCAGGAGCUGGUCAAGUAGCAACAGGGCCAGGCUAGGCGAGGCCCCCCAAAAGGCCAMCCCACCGCUUCCCUCCUACCCCAUCCUCUGCUCCUCACUGCUUUGCUUUCCUGUGCCACCCCUUAGAGCAUCCAGGAGCGCUGCUGAACACCCCUCCCAGGGCUUUGGACUCCCCCAUAGAGAUCCCUCCCUUGUAGCCUCUGUCCUUUCUCAUCAAAGGAGAUGAAUUAGCAGAACCACCUGGUGAACAUCCCCCAGCUUUAGGUGGUGGCUCUGGAAGCAGCUGRGCAGCCCGCAGUGGCUCAGCCCCAUCUGAGCGGUGCUGGGGGGUCCUGAGGCUGAGAUUUCCCCCGGGCAAUAUCCCUGCCUGCUCCUCCAUCUGCUUCCCCCCAGCACAAGCGGCUCACGAUGCUUCUUGCCCUCUUUCUGCCAGGUUUGCCCGUGCUGCUGGUUUGGCUCCAGCAGCUUUUCUGGGAUGCCAGAGCCAUGUCCAGGCACAGAUCCAAACAGGGCCAUGGAUGAGAUGGGGGAGUGAAACUGUGCUGGGGGGAAGAGGGUGGGAAGGCUGCUGACUGGAAGCAUCCCAAUCCAGUUCCAAACAGAAAAAGGAAAAAAAAAAGAAAAGAGUUGAAAUAUGAAAAACAACCGCCCGUCUGCUGGAAGAGAUGGCAAACUCUGCUGGGCUGGUGGAGCUGCUCCUCUCUGCAAGCUCCUCCAGGCUGCCCAGGACUCAGACUAGCUAAGGGCAUUUAUUUAGCUAAGAGCAAGACCAGUCCUUGGAGAAUGCUCAGAUCCAGCCCGCUCUGCCCACUGAAGGUGCCACCUCUGCCUGCGGGCUGGAAGAGAGCGCGGGGUCUCCUUGCAGUCCCAGCUGGCGAGUGCUCCAAUGGGAGCGCCGAGAAUCCCUGUGCUCUGAGCACGGAGUCGCUGGGAUGAGCUGCCGGACCAUGUGUGUGUGCCCCGGUGCAGCCAGCAGGCAAACAUAUAUCCAAGAUAUAUGUGCCUGUGCUUGCAGGAGGCAGCUGAGGCCAGCAAGCCACCCGCAGGCUGCAGUCUGCAAGCUACAAAUCAUGAGCCCCGGCCCAAGAGGCAACAGCAUAAAUAGCGGCUUUGCCAACUUCUUCAAGACUCAAAAAAUCCCAUCAAAACCCCAGCAUCCCCAAAUAUUUACAUGCUGUCGCCACGGGGAUGAAUAAAAAUACAUCCCCGGCUGCAGGAAGCGCUUUCCAGCAGGGCUGGGGAGGCAGGAGGGAAGACGAAGGUGACUCCGUCCAGUGCCCGCUGUGAAGGGCUUCAUUUCCCCUCUGAACGGACUGGGAAAGCGGGCGGCUGAGCGGGCGCUCGCUGGGCAUCUCCGGUGGUGAGCAUAGGCUCUUACACCGGCAAGAAAGCGCCGCUGCAGCCUGCAAACGGCCCGGGCUGCUGUGCGAUGGGCAGGAGCUGGGCUGGGUGUAAUGCGGGUCCCCCCGUGCCCCAAGGCCACCUGCCCGUGGCCUGUGUCGCCGCCCC